AUUUUUGUAACUUCUUCCCCUGAUUCGUCACUUUGUGGUUUAACGGACGACAAGACAGAGAGAGCGCAAACUGAGACACACGGCAGAGAUGAGAGCAUGACAAUGAAGAUGGAUGACAUCGUCACUGUAAACAUGACCCUUACUGAUGACAUCAUCACAGUGAUGACCACAGAGGACCCAUCCUACUUCAGUCCCUCAGCCACUACUGAGGAGGACUACGAUUAUUUGGACAACCUCACGGACCUGAUGUGCGACCGGGAGUCAGUGCGGGUGUUCAGAAGCCGGUAUGAACCACCACUCUUCUGGAUGAUUGCCCUCGUUGGCGGCGUUGGAAACUUAGCAGUGGUGUGGAUCUACCUGAACAUUCGUAAGCGGCUGAAGACGAUGACAGACGUGUACCUGCUGAACCUGGCGGUAGCCGACCUGCUGUUCCUUGUCACUCUGCCAUUGUGGGCCGCCGAGGCAUCGUACAGCUGGAACUUUGGCACUGUCCUUUGUAAGCUGAACUCGGCCCUCUACAAGAUAAAUCUGUUCAGCAGCAUGCUUCUUCUCACCUGCAUCAGUGUGGAUCGGUACGUUGUCAUCGUGCAGACCACCAAGGCUCAAAACUCGCAGAUAGAGCGCCGUCGCUGCAGCCGGUGUGUGUGCAUGGGGGUGUGGUUGCUUGCGCUGCUGCUUGCCACACCUGAGUGGGUGUUCGCCGAGCCUGCCAACGUGGAAUCCAGACAGUACUGCAGGAUGGUUUUCCCCUCAAACCUGGGGAACCGCACCAAGAUCCUGGUGCUGUCCCUGCAGGUGAGCAUGGGCUUCUUCCUGCCCUUUGUUGUCAUGGCCUUCUGCUACAGCGCCAUUGUUGCCACGCUGCUCAAAACCCGCAACUUUGGGAAGCACAAAGCCAUGCGGGUGAUCCUGGCUGUGGUGGUGGCGUUUGUUGCAUCCCAGUUGCCCUACAACAGCAUGCUGGUCAUGGAGACCACUCAGGCCUCCAACAUGACGGUGACAGACUGCAGCAAGGUCAAGGCCUUGGACAAGGCGGGGCAAGUGCUAAAGAGUCUGGCCUACAUGCACGCUUGCCUCAACCCGUUCCUCUAUGUGUUUGUGGGUGUGCGCUUUCGCCGUGACAUGGUGCGGCUGCUGCGCCGCUGCUGCUGCCUGAGACCACCAAGCAAGCAUGGUCUGGGGAAGAUCAGGAGUCCUUCGAGCUCCACAAAGGUCUCAGUGAUGUCCGACAGCGACAACUCUCAGGCUCUGUCGUUGUAGAGAGGAAGCUUAGCAGCUUCCUGUUUGUGGCCAGGACAUCACAAAAUAAGUGAUGCCACCUAGAAACAGGAAGAGCUGCACGUUUGACUUCACUCCGCAUAUCUUCAGGGAGCUGCUCCAGUUCCAGAGGCUGCAGUCUGUUCCUCCCACCAAGAACCAUCAAGCCAGGUCCCAAAAAACCCUAAAAUCCUUCAAGAUUCAGUUGCUUCACCUAGAAACACCUGAUGGUCCACGAAAGCCUUCUCCAGGUAUGUGGGUUGAUUAAAACCUCAGCAGGAUGGUCCUGAGGAACUCACUGGUGGGCAGGGCACUGACGUGGUUGGAUUCACCACGGGACCAGAUGAGCCACCUGUCUCACCUUCCAGGUGUUUCCUAGAGGUCAAGUAUAACAUCGGACAGUUUUAUCCGCACAUCCAGAACAUUUUACAAGUGGACCAGUUCAGAACUUUCUCUAGACUUUAUUAAAAGGAACAUUGCUAAGCUGAGUCCCAUUCUGUCCCGCUCUGAACUUGAGACAGUUCUCCACACCUUCAUCUCCUCACGCUUAGACUACUGUAAGUCUCUUUUCACGUGUCUGAGCAGAACCUCCCUGAACCGUCUACAGGUGGUUCAGAACGCCUGUGCUCGGCUUCUGACCAAGUCCUCCAAAUACACCCACAUCACCCCGCUUCUCCUCCAGCUUCACUGGCUGCCAGUCAACUUCAGGGUUCAUUUCAAGAUCCUGGUUCUGGUCUAUAGGGUCUUACAUGGACAAGCACCAUCUUACAUUGGUGAUCUUCUUAGUCCCUACACCCCCAGCAGGUCCCUGAGGUCCAGUGACCAAAGCCUACUGGUUGUGCAGCGCACCAGGCUAAAGGUCAAAGGCUGUGUGUGUGUGUGGGGGGGGGUCUGCCUUUCCUGGGAUCUACUGAUUCACUCUUUCUUAUUCAAUUUCCCUUUCUUCAUAUUUUUUAAACACAAUUUUUAACUUCUCCCAAUUCUGAGAUGAUUUUUAAACUUAUGACUGUAAUUUUUAUUUGGUUCUUGUGAUGUUUCUCCCGAUUUUAUCCUGAGACGUGCUGUUCUUCUUCUAGAGUUAAUGUGAAGCUUUGUUUACCUUCAAAAAUGUAUGGGGCCGGGUUGGUCAUGUGACCUCUGAAACAGAUCACAUGACACAAGAGUUACUCUGAGCCAGAUGUGUUAGGAUGAAGCUCGUUGUUCUGGCUAGCAGAGACGAGGCGUUUUACGUGUGAAUUCAUGAAGAAUAAAGUCUGUUAAACUCACA